GAAUGGGACAAGUCAUGUGAUUAUUCUUCAUGUCUCGUAAUAAUCCCAUGGAUAUGAUUGUUAAUAUCUUCAUACUACUCUUCUAAGCCAUAAAUUUUCCCUGACAAAAAGGAUAGCAGAAUUUCACCCUUUGGUACAGAGACUGAUCUCUUUAUCCUCCAGAGCGAGUUCAUGGAUCAUGCCAGGUGAAAAGGAGAACAAGGAAAACAACUACACAGAGUGAAAAUGCAUGCUGCAGGGUCAUUUAACACUGUUCUGUUAAUUGGGUCCUUUAAGGUUCUGAUUUCCUUAUUUCUAGUAUAUUUGUCUUGGUACUUUCUCUGUUCUGUCCCUGUAGCUUGGCUUUGGGACGAGUUAAAGCUCCCUUCUGUCCGCUGAAAAUGAAUUUAUAUGUCAUUUUACAACUUGUCGUGCAAAUAACUUGGAGUGAUCCAACUAUUCCCGUACACGGGACCACUUUCUCAAUUGGUCUAGCUGAUCAUCUGGUUAACAACAACGUAAACGUACACACAAACACGGUUAGCUCUGGAAAUAGAGUUCACUCCACCUGCCUUCCCCUUUAUAGGAGACAUUCUUUUUUCUUCUUCUAUAUAUAUAAUUUGUUUUAGUUGGACCAUUUGAAUCUUUGUGCCUUGUGGCGUGGACUCUUUUGCAUGUUUGCACGUCUCUUUGGGCCAUCUUUUAUCAGAGAAUAUACAGCUCUGGGGAAGAAAACACUGCCGAGAUAUGAUGCUAAUCCUGUUCUUUUUAUGCUGCUUUUCAAGCUUGUUGCAGCCGUUACAAAGCUUCUUGUCUUUCGCGCUCUGCAUUUUCUUUGCUUUUUCUUUUUAUAACAACCCCAAAGGCUCCUAGUUCCUCAAUGAAAAGUGAAACUGGUUACGCCUUAACUCUUCAAGUUUUCAUUUUGUCAAAUCCCUUCAAUUUUUGGUGUAGCUCCCCUCCCCCACUUUUCUCUCCCUUUUUUCUCCCGCGGAAAAUAUAGUGCUGCAGCCUGCAAGUGCUUUAAGAAUCCAGCUUCCUUGAUCAUUUUAGUGCCCGUUGUUCAUUGAAGGUUCUCUUUGUCGAAAGGAGUGGUCCAUGCAAAUGAAAGACCCUCUGGAGAACAGUGUGAUAUUGGAGAACACUCAGACAUUAAGGAAACCACUACAGAACUCUAUGAAUCAGAAAACACCAACCCAGAUGGUGCACAAAAAUGAAGAUUUCUUGGAACAUAAAAAGAAGACCAUGACGAGUAGGAAGGGAAGGAGAAGAGGAAGAUUACCGAAAGUCGAGAGAUUGCAAGAAUCAGAGCUUGAUUUAGAUGUGGGGUACCUUGCUUCAUGCAAAAACCUUAUGUUACACCGCAGGCCUGGAUAUGGCCAGCUGGGAACAAAGUGUUUAGUUAAAGCCAAUCACUUCCUUGCAGAGAUACCAGGGUCAGAUAUCUGUCAAUAUACUGUUAAUAUAAAGCCUGAGAUUACUUCUUCGAAAUUGAACAGAGUCAUCAUGACACAGUUGGUGAAACUUUAUAGAGAGACUGACUUGGGGAUGAGGCUCCCUGUUUAUGAUGGAGGAAGAAAUCUUUACACGGCCGGAUUGCUACCUUUUGCCUCGAAAGACUUCACCAUAGUACUGAAUGAUGAUUACCAGGGGACAGGCAAUGGAAGGGAACAACAAUUUAAGGUGACAAUCAGUUUUGUAGCACUAGCCAGUAUGCACCAAUUGCGUGAGCUUCUUGCAGGGAAAUCAGUUGAUACCCCUCAAGAGGCGCUUACCAUUAUUGAUAUUGUCUUGCGGCAACUGCCAGGCCAAAGGUAUAUAUCAGUUGGAAGGUUUCUAUAUUCUCCUGAUAUUAAGAAACCGCAGCCGCUUGGUGGUGGCUUAGAAUCAUGGAGAGGUUUCUACCAGAGUAUUAGACCUACACAGAUGGGACUAUCCCUGAAUAUUGACAUGUCAUCUGCUGCAUUCAUUGAGCCACUCCCAGUCAUUGAUUUUGUUGCUCAGAUUUUGGAUAAAGAUGUGUUUUCGAGGCCAUUUUCAGAUGCAGAUCGUGUAAAGGUCAAGAAAGCCCUUAGAGGGGUCAAAGUUGAAGUUACACACAGAGGAAAUGUUCGAAGGAAAUAUCGAAUUUCAGGGUUGUCAUCACAGCCUACACGGGAGCUAAUUUUCCCAGUAGAUGAGCAAAGGAACAUGAAAUCUGUUGUUGAGUACUUUCAAGAGAUGUAUGGAUAUGUCAUUCGGUAUCCCCACCUACCUUGUCUUCAAGUGGGAAACCAGAAGAAGGUGAAGUACUUGCCAAUGGAGGCAUGCAAGAUUGUUAGCGGGCAGAGAUACACGAAAGGGCUGAAUGAGAAACAGAUUACUUCUCUGCUAAAAGUUUCAUGCCAAAGACCCCAGGAACAAGAAAUGGACAUUUUACAGACAGUUCACCAAAAUGACUAUGAUCAGGAUCCCUAUGCAAAGGAGUUUGGCAUCAUUAUAGACAGCAAGCUUGCAUCUGUUGAGGCUCGGGUUCUUCCAGCUCCAUGGCUCAAGUAUAGUGAUAGUGGAAAGGAAACAGAAUACUUGCCUCAAGUUGGUCAAUGGAAUAUGAUGAACAAGAAAGUCGUAAAUGGAAGCACCAUCAGAUAUUGGGCUUGUAUCAACUUCUCACGAACUGUCCAAGAGGGCACUGCUCGUGGUUUUUGUCAACAGUUGGUUCGAAUGUGCAAAAUCUCUGGCAUGGAAUUUAACAUGGACCCUGUGAUUCCUAUAUAUUCAACCAGACCAGAUCAGGUAAAGAAGGCCUUGAAAUACGUUUAUUGUGCUGCUACAAGCAAUCUUGAAGGAAAAGAGUUGGAGUUGCUUAUCGCCAUUCUUCCGGACAACAAUGGUUCUUUGUAUGGUGAACUGAAACGAAUCUGCGAAACAGAGCUAGGGUUGAUUUCACAGUGCUGCCUUACAAAAUAUGUCUUCAAGAGUAGCAGACAGUAUCUGGCAAAUCUCUCUCUUAAAAUCAAUGUCAAGAUGGGAGGAAGAAAUACAGUGCUUCUAGAUGCUUUACGUUGGAGGAUUCCUUUAGUUAGCGAUAUUCCAACAAUCAUUUUUGGAGCUGAUGUUACUCAUCCAGAAAAUGGAGAAGAUUCUUAUCCAUCUAUAGCUGCGGUUGUGGCCUCCCAAGAUUGGCCAGAAGUUACAAAGUAUGCCGGUUUGGUAUGUGCACAGCCUCAUCGAGAAGAACUUAUCCAAGACUUAUUCAAAACCUGGAAAGAUCCUCAACAUGGUACGGUUACUGGAGGCAUGAUCAGAGAGCUUCUACUUUCUUUUAAGAAUGCUACUGGACAGAAACCAUUGAGGAUCAUAUUUUACAGGGAUGGUAUCAGCGAGGGACAGUUCUACCAAGUCUUACUAUAUGAACUUGAUGCCAUUCGUAAGGCUUGUGCAUCAUUAGAACCUACUUACCAACCUCCGGUAACAUUUAUUGUCGUUCAAAAGCGGCACCACACUAGACUCGUUGCAACUAAUCACAACGACAGAAGUAGCACCGACAAGAGUGGAAAUAUCUUACCCGGCACUGUGGUGGAUUCAAAAAUCUGUCAUCCAACUGAGUUCGACUUUUAUUUAUGUAGUCAUGCUGGAAUCCAGGGAACUAGUCGACCUGCUCAUUAUCAUGUUCUCUGGGAUGAGAACAAUUUUACUGCAGAUGAAAUCCAAUCUCUAACCAACAACCUGUGCUAUACGUAUGCUCGAUGCACUCGAUCUGUUUCUGUAGUGCCUCCUGCAUAUUAUGCACAUCUGGCGGCCUACAGAGCUCGAUUCUACAUGGAACCUGAGGUGCAUGAUCAUUCUAAAACAUGUUCCCCACAGACAACAAAUGGGUCAUUUGUCCGUCCCCUGCCAGCUUUGAAAGACAAGGUGAAGAAUGUGAUGUUUUACUGCUAGUUGGAGAGACUAGAAAGGUCAAUCACCGAAAUAGAAGCAUAAAGAACUUGAAUGAAAUGCUUGUACAUGAAUGAUGAUGUGCUUUGUGUCUCUAAAUGUUGUGCCCUGAAAAUUUUGACACUGCGUCCAACAAGGCAUAUAGCUUACUGAAAUGAUCAAACCUAAGAGUAAAUGAUGAUGUGUUGGCAGACCAGUUGUAAUUAGCAUAAUUUAAAUAAUUUUUUGAUUUUUUGCACCUAUGAUAAA